CUGGUAUGGUACCAAUAUACAUGUUGAUGCUGUUGAUAUGAUAUGUAUUCUACUAUCCACUAACAAUAGUCUGCUCAUCAAUUUUGGGCUAGCUAGUUAACGUUAGCCUAGCUUUCGUUAGCAUAGCCAGCUAAGCGGUCUGCUGAUGAAAUGGGUCACACAGCUGUUAAUUAGCUAGAUCGGAGGGAUCAUUUAAAAGUAGAGUUCUCUUCAAUGAGUGUAUAUUUUGGGCACAUUAUUUUCAUACACUGGAUAAUGGAAACGCUUGGUGGUGUUUUUUGUUGAUUCAAUGACGACAUGCUCCACUAAUUUACCGGUGCUGUAACAUGUUUGUAGCUAAUGUUACUGGCAACGCGUUAGUCUGUUAGCAUGCUAGAUGCCUAUGUUAGGUAGCUAACUAGUUAGCAAGAUAUCGGUGACUGCUUAUCUGCUCCAGACGGCCAAAACUGGGAGAAAUAAAAGUAGUCACACAGUUUUUCGUAAAUCAUGAACAAUUGCGAAUACGAACAAAUCGAACCGCAGGCACUUUUAACUCCAACUCCGACCCUGCCGCCGCGACCCGCAGUUGUUGAAGAGGAGGAAAGGGCACGGAGAAAGUGGGAAGUUUUCCCCGGCAAGAAUCGCUUCUACUGCGAUGGACGGUUCAUCGUGGCUCAACAAAGCGGUGUCCUACCACUCACCCUCGGCCUCAUUCUGGUCACCACCGUACUGUUCUUUGUAUUUGACUGUCCCUUCCUGGUGAAGCACCUGACUGUGUUCAUCCCAGCGAUUGGAGGUGUGCUAUUUGUGUUCGCGGUCAUCUCUCUCCUGCAGACCAGCUUCACUGACCCUGGCAUCCUGCCCCGGGCCACGCCGGACGAGGCCGCAGACAUUGAGAAGCAGAUCGAUAACUCUGGAUCGUCCACCUAUCGACCCCCUCGCACCAAGGAGGUGAUGAUCAACCAGCAGGUAGUGAAGCUCAAGUAUUGUUUCACCUGCAAGAUGUUCCGGCCACCGCGCACCUCCCACUGCUCCCUCUGUGACAACUGUGUGGAGCGAUUCGACCACCAUUGUCCCUGGGUGGGGAAUUGUGCUGGGAAGAGGAACUAUCAUUUCUUCUACACCUUCAUCGUCUCUCUGUCCUUCCUGACAGCCUUCAUCUUCGGCUGCGUCGCCACACAUCUAGCACUGAGGGCACAAGGAGGCAGAGGCCUUAUUUUUGCUCUUCAGGAGAGUCCAGCCAGUGCUGUGGAGCUGGUGAUUUGCUUCUUUUCAGUUUGGGCCAUCUUGGGCCUCUCAGGCUUCCAUACCUACCUGGUUGCUUCUAACCUGACCACAAAUGAAGAUAUCAAAGGCUCGUUGUCGGGGAAGAGUGGGGCGGAGGACACCGGAAACCCCUACAGCUAUAACAACAUCAUUACUAACUGCUGCUCUGUACUCUGUGGACCCAUGCCUCCCAGUUUGAUUGACAGGCGAGGCUUCGUACCAGUGGAGGAGUCAUCGCAGACAGUUUCCACGGAGAUGGUGCUACCCGUGCUGGCUGCUAAGAAGGAGAUUAAAGUGGUAGGAGGGCCCACGCCRUCCCAGCUGCCCCCCUCCCGUGCCUUGCAGGUUCCCUCCUCCCCUCUACCUGCAACCCCCCUCAGCCUGACUGGCAGACCCCAGUUUAGUUGCCUGUUCUAACACUGUUUCCUGACUGGCUGUUGUGUAUGGGGUCACCCUCUCAUGACAGUCUCAGACCAGUGUACUGUAUUAUUGUUGGUCAGGAUCCAUUACAGACCAGUGUACUGUAUUCCUGUUGGUCGGGAUCCGGUACAAACCAGUGUAUUGUAUUACUGUUGGUCAGGAUCCGGUACAAACCAGUGUAUUGUAUUMCUGUUGGUCRGGAUCYGGUACAAACCAGUGUAUUGUAUUACUGUUGAUCGGGAUCCGGUAAUCAGGACAUUACAUAUGGUGGUGUUUCCUGUUCCUGGUAGCCAGUCUACACCAGACUGUUCAUUGUUUACUGCUGACUGUAAAAGACCGUCUUUGGAACAAGGAAGUGAAACCGCCUGCUAGGCCAUGUUUGACCUGGGUGUAGCUCAACCUUUAGUCACUCACGCCUUAGCGUCAUAACCAGGCAACUCGGUGUUAUGUCUUUCAGUGAAAAGGGGAACACAGCCUAUAUAUGAUUCAUCCACUUCCUGGCUUGGUUAGAGGUUGAGCCGUUGUUGUUUUGAGGUCCAGGAGAAACUUAAGUACUAUGAGUUUAUUAGAACAUGUUUGUUUACAAAGUGUGACUGCCACUGGGCUAUUUAGUUCAGUCUUACGGUAGUGGCUCUCUCCAACCCUUCAGACUGUCUGCCUCUUCCAAACCAACAGGCCCUUUCUGCUGUUUACACUCAAGCAAUAUCCAGACAAGCUAACCUUGGUUUACUUUAAGGAUACAAGGGCUCAGUCUUGUCUGCUGGGAGGUUGCAUAUUAUAUGUAUUUUUGCACAGAAGGAGUUAGACCAUAGAAGAUGAUGUACAGUAUUGGUUCAGUAUUUAUACUUUUUAGCAAACACAUGCUGGUAAUGGAAGUGGUUACUGCUGGGGAUGUACCUGUCACAAACAC